AUGUCUACAAAACCGCUAUCACCAAUUCGCAAAGCCUGGUACCAAUGGAAAGCCCUGCGUCUUCCCUGGCGCAAACGUUUCUUCGUCGGUCUCGAUCUCCAAAAUAACUCCUUCUGGGAAUUCCGCGACGCUAUAACCGCAGGUCGCAUGCGCAGAAUAGUCCAAACACCAUCCUCGAUUCAAUACUCAGACGUGAAAAUAAGUCCUCAGUGGCAUCAGUGGCUACGGCAUACACGCGAAGAUGCACCUAGUAUAGAAGAAUUGAUGGGUGACAUAGCGAGACAGGAAAGAUUAAAGGUACUAGCUAGACAGGCUGAUGAGAGAUGGAAUGCGAAAGCGAGUUUUCUGGAUCAGCCAGCGUCGAGGCAGCAGGCGUUGCCGGCCACGCAAGUCAGAGAUGGAGGGGCGUACACGGGGACGGAUCCGAGGGGAGAUGGGAAGGGUGUGGCGAAUGCUGUUGCGAGUGAGGCUGGGGAGGCGGAGAAGGAGAAAGUGGUCACUACGGAAAAGCCGGCGAGUGGUGAAAUACCGUAUAAUGCGACGACACAACCGAGAGAGGAGAAGAAAUAUAAGGAUGAUCCAUGGAAGAAGGCAAGAGGAGGACCAAGUGAAGAGUGGCAACCCCAGGCCUGGGAUCCGAAUGAUAUGCCAGCAGCUCGAAGAUAA